AUGAAAAACGCAUCAAUCAUUGAACAAUGGUUAAGAUUGAAAAGAAAAAUAAACGCGAAUUGUGCAAUAAUUCAAGAUCACUUACUCACCAAUAACUUUAGCACGGUAACCAGCAAGUUAAGUAAAAAUCGAGCUAAACUGCCUCAUUGGUCUAGUGGUCAGGUGUCGGAAUUAAAUGCAAGUGUACUCUUGCAGGUCCCAGGUUCGAGUCCUGGCAUGGACAAAAAAUUAUAA